AUGAAUAUCACAUGGCAUUUCAAUGCUCCAUCAUGGCCCAGUGCGGGGGGUCUUUGGGAAGCGGCUGUGAAGAGUGUUAAAUACCAUCUUCGCAGGGUCAUCGGCGAACAAAAACUUACCUUCGAGGAGUUCUCAACACCGCUAACACAGAUAGAAGCCUGCCUGAAUUCCCGACCGCUCUGCGCUAUCACUGAAGAUCCAAAUGAUAUCAAUUACCUGACUCCAUCUCACUUUCUGGCCAGCGGUCCAGUUUUAAGUAUCGUGGAGACAGAGAAAGACGAAAGAACACGUUGGCAUAUGACGCAGAAGAUAUUCAAUGAUGUUUGGAAGCGCUGGAAGUCUGAAUAUCUGACAGUAUUAUCCGCCAGGAACAAAUGGCAGCAAUCAACUGAAAAUAUCAAAAUUGAUGACAUUGUAAUCAUUCAUGAAGCAAACCUACCUGCUGGGAGAGGGGCAUUAGAGAGAGUUAUCCAUGUUCACCCCGGCAAAGAUGGAAUAGUCCGAGUAGUUACUGUUAAAACAAAAAACGGGACUAUUAAGAGACCUAUCACGAAAUUGACCAUUUUACCAACUCAGUCUGAAGCAAACUAUCAGAAUCCCACAAACUGUCAAUCAAGUCCGAAAAACAAUCAAGAAUUAAGUUUGAAAGCAGAUCACAAAAACGACAAACCAGAAAAAGCACGAUCUAGUAUCAAACUUUGUAAUUUUAUCAUGAUACCCAGAGUUUAUACUUCGAUAAAACAUCAAACAUGA